AUGGCUUGGGAGCUCAUCUGGACGACCAAGCCGAGGGAUCAUCCAUCCCAAGAAGAAGCAAUCGCACCGACCGAAACCCCUAAAGACCAAACCCACAAUGUCUCGCAAAACCAAAAUCUCUAUCGGCUGGCACCUGUUCAAAGGCACACGAAAGUGCGCCCACCCUCUUCACAAGUAAAGCGAAAACCUCUUCCAUCAUCUUAUAAACCUACCAGAGCUUCUCACACCAGGGAAGUCAGAAGGCCAAAGUCCAGGACAUAUCACAACCUCAACGCAGUAUCAGGAUCAAAGUCCCCCCUUCGAACAGAUUCCUAUUUCAUCUCUUCCACACCCAAUAAUGAAAUCGUACAGAAUGCCUCCGCCGAAACUCGCGAGGGAGUUUCCAGAUCCUAUCAUCACCAAAACAGCUACUGCAAACAAUGUUCCCUUCCACUCAACGAUCCAUUUCUGGACAACAUAAUAGCCACCUUCACCCCAGUACUCGCUGCCCUAGAUUCCACAGCAGACGACCACAAUCACGGACAUCAAGAUUUCUCUCUUCCCCAAAUCCCAACAACACCUCUGGAGUUUGCGCAAUUCCCAUACAGUCGUAAGGGAUCCUUUGAUACUUCGAUGAUGACUCUGAUUCAAACCCAUCCAGAUACGCCAAUUGGAGGAUAUGAAGCAGCACCUAUGGCAAUCAUUUAUCCCGUGUCGAGUCGAAGGGUAGUAGAUGAGAGAAGACGAUACGAAACACCAAGAAUCGAGAUAUCUCCACCAGAAACCACCUACAACCCAGGGAGAAGAGAACAACUCCGCUCCAGCUCUAGCUCCAGCUACGAGUACCAAACCUACGAAGCGCUCGUCGACGGAAACAUCUCGCACUCCCAAUCCUCGCAGUCCUCCUCUGGUAACACCUACUGCUGCAGCCUGGGAAAACAAGAGAAACCAGUCCCUCCAAUCGACCGCCGUGAUUCCUGCUUCGCCGCCGAAUGCCCAACCCACGUCGAGAAAUGGAUCUCAGAUGUAGACAACAAUGGACCUCCAAUCCCCGCCACAGACGGCGCCAACACCCCACCCCUAACCUCCGCAUCCGACCCCCCCAUAACAGCCAUCCACCACGACACAACACCGCCAACAGCACCUCUCCCCAUCCCCGUCGAGACACCUGCAGCGCCCGAACCCGAGCUGCCCGAGCCAUCAAAAGUAGACCAAGCCACCGCCAAAGCCAAAAAGGCACUAGCCAAGAAGAGAAAGGCAAAACAGGGACUGAGGAAGUUCAGGAAGGUGAUAUUCCGGAAGACCGUCCUGAAGGUCGUCCUGGGGAGACAGCUGGCGCAACCUACGGCUGAUUUGUUGAAGUUGGUUGCUGAAGGGGUUCCGUUUGAUCCUCCGGAUGUGAUGGCUCUUGCGAAGCCUCCGGUUGAUGCUCCUGUGCCUGUGGAUGCGGUGCCGACAGAUGCUGUUCCUACAGGUGCUUUGCCGGCAGGUGCUUUGCCGGUGUGA